CGAGGCUGGGGCUCAGUGGGGCUGAACGGUCUGCUCCACACGCUCACUGCAGUGGAAGGGACGCGGUUGGAGGGAUGGACGUCCACGCACGGCCCUCUCUCCUUAUUAAAAAAAAAAAUGUGGAUCUCGGCUGAACUCUUCGUAUCGACACAAUGACGCAGUGUGACUUUCUGGUUUAAAAAACAAAAAACAAAACAAAAAAAAACAAAAAAAACGAGAAGGAGGAGGCCUUUGACAGUUGCUGGCGGACUGAUGGCUCCAGAGUGACGUACCAUGGCGCUAACAAUCCCCCCAGUGAAGCUCAAAUGGCUGGAGCACCUCAACAGCUCGUGGAUCACAGAGGACAGCGAGUCCAUAGCCACACGAGAAGGCGUUUCCGUGUUGUACUCCAAGCUCCUGGCUAACAAAGAGGUGGUGCUGCUCCCCCAGCAGGUGCUAUGUCUCAAGGGCCCCCAGCUGCCAGACUUUGAGCGCGAGUGUCUCUCCAGCGACGAGCAGGAGCACUACUUGGAUGCUCUUCUUGGCAGCCAGCUCGCUCUGGCCAAGAUGGUGUGCUCCGACUCGCCCUUUGCCGCCGCCCUGCGCAAACGCGUGCUGGUCCUCCAGCGAAUCUUCUAUGCACUUUCCAACAAGUACCACGACAAGGGGAAAGUGAAGCAGCAGCAGCACUCUCCAGAGAACACCUCGGGCUCGGCGGAUCAGCACUGUGUCAGCGAGCGACCCCGCUCCAGCACUGACGCGCUCAUUGAGAUGGGCGUCCGCACAGGACUCAGCCUUCUUUUUGCUCUGCUGCGGCAAAGCUGGAUGAUGCCGCCGCCGCCCGGCCCGUGCGGGUCGGCCGGCGGCAACCUAAACUUGUGCAAUGACGUCAUUCGCACGGCCAUUGACGUGGUUAGUUCCCUGCCGCCCCUCUCUCUGGCCAACGAGAGCAAGAUCCCACCGAUGGGCCUGGACAGUCUGGCGCAGGUCACCACUUUCCUCAAGGGGGUCACCAUGCCAAAUUCCGGGGCGGAUAUCUUAGGGCGGAGACUCGCCUCCGAGUUGCUGCUCGGGCUCGCCUCCCAGAGGGGCUCCCUUCGCUACCUGCUGGAAUGGAUUGAGAUGGCGCUGGUGGCAUCGGCUGUGGUCAGCACCAUGGAGCAGAGCAAGGCACUGCAGAGCCAGGAGGGGCUCAUCGGCUAUGAUUGUUUCAUGAACAUCCUCAUGCAGAUGAGACGCUCGCUGGGUUCCUCAGCAGAUCGCAGCCAAUGGAGGGAACCUACACGCAACCCUGAUGGGCUGUGCUCCUUGUAUGAGGCAGCGCUCUGUCUUUUUGAAGAAGUUUGUCGAAUGGCGUCAGACUACUCCCGCACCUGCGUCAGCCCCGACAGCAUCCAGACGGGCGAAACCCCUGUGGUCUCUGAGACCUGCGAGGUGUACGUGUGGGGAAGUAACAGCAGCCACCAACUCGUGGAAGGGACGCAGGAGAAGAUCCUGCAGCCCAAGUUGGCCGCCAGCUUUGCCGACGCCCAGACAAUUGAGGCAGGCCAGUACUGCACCUUCGUCAUCUCUUCCGACGGCUCCGUGCGGGCCUGCGGGAAAGGAAGCUACGGUCGCCUCGGCCUCGGCGACUCCAACAAUCAGUCCACGCUCAAGAAGCUGACCUUUGAACCUCACCGUGCCAUCAAAAAGGUGUCAUCCUCAAAGGGGUCCGAUGGCCACACGCUGGCGUUCACGACGGAGGGCGAGGUGUUCAGCUGGGGCGAUGGCGACUACGGCAAGCUUGGUCACGGGAACAGCUCGACUCAGAAAUACCCAAAACUUAUCCAAGGGCCGUUGCAGGGGAAGGUGGUUGUGUGUGUAGCAGCCGGCUACCGACACAGUGCUGCGGUCAGCGAGGAAGGAGAGCUGUACACAUGGGGGGAAGGUGACUUCGGAAGACUGGGUCAUGGUGACAGCAACAGCCGAAACAUUCCCACCUUGGUCAAAGACAUCAGCAACGUGGGAGAAGUGUCAUGUGGAAGCUCUCAUUCUAUCGCGUUGUCAAAAGAUGGCCGCACUGUCUGGUCCUUUGGAGGAGGAGACAAUGGCAAACUUGGUCAUGGGGAUACUAAUCGUGUUUACAAGCCAAAAGUAGUGGAAGCCCUACAAGGGAUGUUCAUCAGGAAAGUGUGUGCCGGAAGCCAGUCUUCUCUUGCCUUAACGUCCACUGGACAGGUUUAUGCUUGGGGUUGCGGUGCUUGCCUAGGUUGCGGUUCUUCGGAAGCAACAGCACUCAGACCUAAACUCAUCGAGGAGCUCGCCACAACCAGGGUGGUGGACAUCUCCAUCGGGGACAGUCACUGCCUGGCUCUGUCUCAUGACAAUGAAGUAUACGCAUGGGGAAAUAACUCCAUGGGCCAGUGUGGGCAGGGCAAUUCCACAGGACCAAUCACAAAGCCCAAAAAGGUGGUUGGCUUGGAUGGAGUCACUGUACAGCAGAUCUCAGCCGGGACGUCCCACAGUCUGGCGUGGACAGCCCUCCCCAGAGACAGGCAAGUGGUUGCCUGGCACAGACCUUACUGUGUUGACCUGGAGGAAAGUACUUUCUCCCACUUACGCUCUUUUCUCGACCGCUAUUGUGAUGGCAUCAACAGCGAAGUUCCUCCUCUGCCCUUCCCUUCAUCCAGGGAACAUCAUAACUUCCUCAAGCUGUGCCUUCGGCUUUUGUCCAAUCAUCUGGCUCUGGCCCUUGCCGGGGGAGUGGCCACAAGUAUCUUAGGUCGGCAAGCCAGGCCUCUGAGGAAUCUUCUCUUCAGAUUGAUGGACUCUUCCGUACCAGAUGAGAUUCAGGAGGCAGUGAUUGAGACGCUAUCCGUUGGAGCAACCAUGCUUCUGCCCCCGCUGAGAGAGAGAAUGGAGCUGCUUCAUUCCUUGCUGCCCCAAGGUCCUGACAGAUGGGAGAGUCUGUCCAAAGGACAGAGAAUGCAGCUGGACAUCAUCCUGACCAGUCUCCAGGACCACACCCAUGUAGCUUCCCUCCUGGGAUACAGCGUUCCUGCCGAUGGCCCGGAGGUGCUUACCUGCGGCCUGGGGUUCACAGCUUCCCCAGAUCCCGAUUACAGUGCCCCGGCAGGCCACCCUGACACACAUCUAGCGGAAAUCCUCAUGAAGACGCUACUGAGGAAUCUUGGUUUUUACACUGAUCAGGCUUUUGGUGAGCUGGAGAAAAACAGCGACAAGUUGCAGCAGGGCAUGUCCUCCUCCGACAGCAGCCAACCAGCUCACCUCCACCAGCUCCUCUGCUCCCUGCAGAAGCAACUCUUAGCCUACUGCCACACUAACAACGUGACUGAGAACUCCAGCAGCGUCGCUUUGCUCCAUAAACAUUUGCAGCUCCUCCUGCCUCACGCCACAGAUAUCUUCUCCCGUUCAGCUACUCUGAUCAAAGAAAGUUCCUGGAAUGGCAGCGUACGCGAGAAGCUACAAGAUGUGAUCUUUGUGUCAGCGGCAGGCAGCAUGCUGUGUCAGAUCGUCAACUCGUUACUUCUGCUGCCCGUGUCUGUGGCGAGGCCUUUGCUAAGCCACCUUCUUGACCUGCUGCCUCCGCUAGACCGACUCAAUAGGCUCUUGCCUGCCGCCUCCCCUCUGGAGGACCAGGAGCUGCAGUGGCCUCUUCAUGGCACGUCAGACUUUGCCGAGCCGGGUUCUGGAAUGUCUCUGCCGCAACCGGCACUGUCCUGGGUGUGGCUCGUUGACUUGGAGAGAACGGUAGCCUUACUGGUGGGACGUUGUCUCGGCGGGAUGCUGCAGGGCGCACCUACCUCUCUGGAGGAGCACGACACCGCUUACUGGCUCAAAACGCCGCUUUUCAGCAAUGGCUUGGAGAUGGACAUCCCACAGCUAGAUGCGUCCAUCAGCUCCUUGCUGGAGGCUGCGCUGUCGGACAAUGAAGAACAGAAGCCUUUUGACUGCACAGUUCGCCCUGACUUGAGUGUCCUCGUGGAUUUGGCUUUAGGCUCCUCCAAAGAACCUUCCAACAGCCUCUGGAUCAGCAUGCAAGACUACGCCAUCAGCAAAGACUGGGACAGCGCUUCGCUAAGCAACGAGUCCCUGUUAGAUACCGUGUCCAGGUUUGCGUUAUCCGCUUUAUUGAAGCACACGGGGUUGCUCAAACAAGCGCACGGCGAGGGGAGAGACCACCCGUCCAAGUCCCUGGCAGAGGUCUACCGUAGUGUUUAUAUGGUACGAAAUCGCCUGCUGGCGUGUAAGAAUAUGGAUUUCAUUCAGACGCGGUCUUCAUCCCGUGAGAGAAGGAUUUCAGACAAUCAGGACUCUCUAGACAUGGAUCCCCAGGAGCAUUCAUUCACUCGCACCAUUGACGAGGAGGCAGAGUUGGAGGAAAGAGCUGACCGCGAGAGGGAAGAGGGUCAUCAGGAACAAGACGACGAAGAGGAAGACCGGGAGCACGAAGUCAUGACGGCCGGAAAAAUCUUUCAAUGUUUCCUCUCAGCACGGGAGGUAGCUCGCAGUCGGGAAAGAGAGAGGGCCACCAGCGCCGGCGUCGCCUCGAGCUCGGUUUCCAGGACCGCAGUUGCAGGAGUCGGUCCAGGAGGAGAGGAGGAUGCCAUUCUGUCUCUAGAGGGCAGGAGGGACAGUGCGGUUCUCCCGGAAGGCCAGGACUUGUACACGGCGGCUUGUAACUCUGUGAUCCACCGCUGUGCCCUGCUAAUUCUGGGGGUGAGCCCCGUUUUGGGGGAGCUGACGAAGCAAAACCAGGAAGAGGGACAAACCGCUGCUGGAAAUCAGGACUGUUUGAGCUUCAUGACCAGGAGUGAGAGUCUGAGUGCAGAGAGCCGCUCCGUGCAAAGCAGUCCCAGCUACAGGCUGAUCAAAUCCAGGAGCGAGUCAGACAUCUCGCAGCCCGAGUCUGACGAAGAGGGAUAUAAUCUGAGUGGAAGGAGAAAUGUUGACCUGGACUUGGCAUUCUCCCACAAAAAGAGAGGUCUCCUCUAUAGCUCUCCAGACUCCCUGGCAGAGUCCUGGUUUCGUGCGAAGCUGAGCCGCCAGCGCAGCUACAGCUCAGCGUACUCCUAUGAAGAAUCAGACCUGGACCUGAACCGCUCCCUUGGUAUUCAUGCUCUGAUUGAGAAUAUGAUCAGCUUCGUCAGCGGUGAUGUUGGCCUGACUCCAGCAUUCAAAGAACCAGAGGAAAGCAUGUCCACCAGUCCACAGGCCACAAUCCUGGCGAUGGAACAGCAACAGAGCAGGGCGGAGCUGAGGUUAGAAGCUCUCCAUCAAAUUGUGGUGUUAAUCGCCGGAAUGGAGGAGAAAGGCUGCCAGCCAGGGAAUACAGAUCGUCCUUGCGGUGCCUUCCAGUCCUCUUCCCUACUCACCUCGGUCAGGCUGCAGUUUCUGGCUGGUUGUUUCGGCCUGGGGACCGUCGGCAACGGCGGGCAAAAGAGGGAGAGUGUGCAGCUGCACCACUAUCAGGAUGGCGUCAAAGCAGCUAAGAGGAGCCUCCAGUUGGAAAUCCAGACGGCGGUUCAUAAAAUCUACCAGCAGCUGUCAGUCACACUGGAGAGAGCGUUGCAGGCGAACAAGCACCACAUAGAAGCCCAACAGCGCCUUCUGCUGGUGACCGUGUUUGCCCUGAGUGUGCGCUACCAGCCGGUGGACGUUUCCCUGGCUAUCUCCAGUGGCUUACUCGGCGUCCUGUCCCAGCUGUGCGGCACGGAGACCAUGCUGGGACAGCCGCUUCAGCUCCUACACAAACCGGGAGUAUCCCAGCUCAGCACCGCUCUCAAAGUGGCCUCCACCCGGCUGCUGCAGAUACUGGCCAUCAGUACUGGGACAUAUGCGGACAAAUUAAGUCCAAAGGUUGUCCAGUCAUUGCUGGACCUCCUCUGUAGCCAGCUGAAGAACCUUCUGUCACAGGCAGGAGUUAGCAUCCUGUCUUCUGAACAGCACCAAGACAGCAAACAAGAGGACUCGGCGGACUCUGAGAAGAAAGAUUUCAGAGCUUUGCUACGCAAACAACACACUGCUGAGCUACACCUGGGAGACUUUCUAGUCUUCUUAAGGAGAGUGGUGUCGUCCAAAGCCAUCCAGUCCAAGAUGGCCUCCCCCAAAUGGACCGAAGUGUUACUCAAUAUCGCCGCACAGAAAUGCUGCUCAGGCGUCCCUCUGGUGGGGAAUCUAAGAACUCGGCUUCUUGCGCUACACGUUUUGGAGGCCGUGCUACCUGCCUGCGAGGCCAAUAUGGAAGAUGACCAAAUGACACAAGUUGUUGAGCGGCUCUUCUCUCUGCUCUCCGACUGCAUGUGGGAAGCUCCCAUUGCUCAAGCCAAGCACUCGGUCCAGAUGAAAGAAAAAGUACAUGAACUCAAAUUCCAGGGAGAUUCUGAGGAGGAGGAGGAGAACCUUCCCGUACAGGAAGUGUCCUUUGAUCCCGAGAAGGCUCAGUGUUGUGUCGUGGAAAACGGGCAAGGUCUGACGCAUGGCAGCGGUGGUAAAGGCUACGGCCUGGCCUCCACCGGUAUCUCCUCUGGGUGCUAUCAAUGGAAGUUUUACAUUGUAAAGGAGAACCGUGGCAACGAGGGUACGUGCGUAGGUGUUUCACGAUGGCCCGUACAUGACUUCAACCACCGCACCACGUCAGAUAUGUGGUUGUACCGAGCAUACAGCGGCAACCUCUAUCACAACGGGGAACAAACUCUGACACUGACCAGUUUUACCCAGGGAGACUACAUCACUUGCGUGCUGGACAUGGAGGCGAGAACCAUCUCGUUUGGAAAGAAUGGAGAGGAACCCAAGUUGGCCUUUGAGGAUGUGGAUGCCACAGAACUGUACCCCUGUGUGAUGUUCUAUAGCAGUAACCCAGGGGAGAAGGUUAAGAUCUGCGACAUGCAAAUGCGUGGCACACCCCGAGACCUGCUGCCCGGAGACCCAGUUUGCAGCCCAAUGGCCACCGUCCUUGCCGAGGCCACCACCCAGCUCAUCCGAAUCUUACACCGCACCGAUGACUGGACACAUCGUAUCAACAAAACCAUGAUCGAACGUCUUUACAAAAUCAAGCCUUGCUUCAGAGAGUCAGCGACCCACGCCUCCGGGAGCGGCGUGGGUCAGCGGCUGAAAAAGAGUCGCUCCGUGCAGAGCCGCGAGGAGCACGAGACCCAGCGAGAAAGCCAGGAAAACCCGAUGAGAACCGAGGAAGAAAGGGGCCGGCACGGACGACAGCACGGCUUAGGCGAGCUGUCGGAGCACCUCCUGAGAACACUCUGCACUGAGGUGUGGCCUGUCUUGGCCGUAAUCGGAGGGGCGGAUGCCGGCCUCCGAGUCGGCGGGCGGUGCGUUCACAAGCAGACAGGGCGACAUGCCACUUUGCUUGGAGUGGUGAAAGAAGGCAGCACCUCAGCCAAGGUGCAAUGGGACGAGGCUGAGAUCACCAUCAGCUUCCCAACUUUCUGGUCACCUAGUGACACUCCGCUGUACAACCUGGAACCCUGUGAGCCUCUGCCGUUUGACGUCGCUCGUUUCCGUGGCCUCACGGCCUCGCUACUGUUGGAUCUCACCUACCUUAUAAGCGUCCACGAGGAAACUGCGGCGAAGCUGAGCGCACGGCGCCACGACAAGCGGCAUCGGAAUGCGCACUCGACGGGACACGAGCCGACCACCAACAACAACAACAACGACGACGACGACAAGGCGGACAAUGAAAUGCCCAACCACAAAGAACCGAGGGAGAACGUCGGCAAAGGGUCUUGCUCUCUCCCAAACGCCACCGCCUCUGACUUGCGUGUUUCUCACAGUCUCGACGAAGUCAAGUCACACGUGGCGCCCAACUCCAAGUCUGAUGGCGGGAUCUCCUCGGUUGUUGUCGGCGGGGUCGGCGGGAAUGACACCCUUUUUUCCGUCGCGCCCCACGCUCCGCUUGAAGGCAACAAGAAGAGAGGCCACGAGCACGCUUCCCGUAGUCACGAGCCCUACCCUUCGUUAAUCGCCACUCAAUCUGAGAUCCACGCGGUGCAGCUCUCCUACCUCUACCUGGGGGCCAUGAAGACCCUCAGUGUCCUGCUGAGCUGCAGCAAGUACGCAGAGCUGCUGCUUAUACCGAAGGUGUUACCGGACUCCAGUGGACACAAUGCCGACCUAAACGCUAGCGCCGGCGCACAGAGCACCGCCGCCACCUCCCCAAUAUGCCAAGAAGAGGUGGAGAUGCGGGCUGCUCUUCAGUUCCUCAUGCGCCACAUGGUGAAGCGGGCGGUCUUGCGUUCGCCCAUCAAGCGGGCUUUAGGCUUGGCGGACCUGGAGAGGGCGCAGGCCAUGAUCUACAAGCUCGUCGUCAACGGGCUUCUGGAGGAACCCUGUGGAGGAAAGGGGAAACCUGGUGUGAGAAAUGAGUCAGAGGUCGAAGGCGAUGGUCCGGAGGGUGAGCAGCUAGUCCAGACCCCGGUCACCACAAGCCCUUCUGCCUCCAGCACCACCUCAUUCAUGAGCUCCUCUCUGGAGGAUACCACCACUGCAACCACACCGGUCACUGACACCGAGACCGUCCCUGCAUCCGAGUCCCCCGGGGUCAUGCCCCUCAGCCUUCUCAGGCAAAUGUUCUCCAGCUAUCCAACCACUUCCUUGGGACCAAGUCGCCGUGCCCAAACACCCCCGGUGUCCUCUCUGCCAACCUCGCCGUCUGACGACAUCGGCCGCAGGCAGAGCCUCACGUCCCCUGACUCGCAGCCAACCAGGCCGCAAAACAGAGCGGGUACCUCUCUUUCAGACCCCAGCAGCAGGCUGUCAACAUCUCCACCCCCUCCUGCAAUUGCUGUACCCUUGCUGGAGAUGGGCUUCUCCUUGCGCCAAAUAACCAAAGCUUUGGAGGCAACCGGGUCAUUGGAGAAAUGCGCGCGAGGCGAAGCCGACGCUCAGAACAUCACGGUGCUGGCCAUGUGGAUGAUAGAACACCCUGGCACAGAUGACGAGCACGAGGAGCCGAGGGGCAGCGGUGUCGGCGGCGAAGUGUCCGACACCGCGUGCCCGGGUGCGACAGCGUUCGUUGGAAGCAAGUCUCGCGACAGGAGCUCCUACGUUUGUUCACCUGGAGACAUUGUCAGCGCAGACGCUUCGGAAAUGGAAGAGGGCUUCAGCGAGAGUCCCGAGGGACAAGAGCAAGAUAGCGCAGCCUCCAGCGGCGUCGCCCUGAGAGGACGAGCCGCCGUUUCUCGGAAACAUCACUUUGACCUGGCCGCUCGCCGAUUGUUUGCCCGUGCUGCCGGAUUGUACCGCUCCGUGCAGGCCCACCACAGCCAGUCUCGUAGGGAGGUUCCAUCCCACCAGCAACAACAACAACAACAACAACAACAAGACCCAGGUGCCCUUUAUGACUUCAACCUUCUGGACGAAGAGCUUGAGAUGGACCUUGAUGAGGAGACGAUGGAGGUCAUGUUUGGACAGGACCUUGCCAGUGAAUCUGACAUUCUGGGAAUGUGGAUCCCGGAGGUACUGGAUUGGCCAACAUGGCACGUAUGCGAGACCGACGAUCGGGAUGAGGUGGUGGUGUGCGAGCUCUGCGAAGCCAACGUGGCCAACUUCAAUCAGCACAUGAAGAAAAGCCACCCCGGGUGCGGACGCAGCGCCAACCGGCAGGGCUACCGUAGCAACGGCUCCUACGUGGACGGCUGGUUUGGAGGGGAGUGUGGCAGCGGGAACCCCUACUACCUGCUUUGUGGCGCCUGCAGGGAGAAGUAUUUGGCCAUCAAAAGCAAGGCCAAAGUCCCGGUUGUGGAGAGAUAUAAGGGCCAGGCUCCUGACCUUCUGGGAAAGCAGGACAGCGUUUAUGAAGAAGACUGGGACAUGAUGGACGUUGAUGAAGACGAGAAGCUCACAGGCGAGGAGGAAUUUGAGCUUUUGGCGGGUCCGUUGGGUCUGAACGAACGCAGAACCGUCCCGGAGGCUGUGCAGUUCCCAGACAGUGACCCGCUGGGGGCCUCUGUUGCUAUGGUAACUGCCACCAACAGUAUGGAGGAGACGUUGCUGCAGAUUGGUUGUCAGACAUCGGUGGAUAAAAGCUCCUCGGGCAGGGUAACUCUCGGAGAGCAGGCAGCCGCCCUGCAGAACCCCCACGACCGAGUGAUGGCCCUGAGAAGGGUGACUGCUGCCGCCCAGGUGCUGCUUGCCAGGACCAUGGUGAUGAGAGCUCUGUCUCUGCUGUCUGUGAGUGGUUCAAGCUGCAGCCUCGCAGCUGGCCUGGAGUCGCUCGGCUUAACAGACAUCAGGACUCUCGUCAGGCUGAUGUGCCUGGCGGCAGCAGGCCGAGCCGGGCUUUCAACCAGUCCGACAGUAGGCUCCGGCCAUGCUGAAAGGCCACGUGGAGCUGCCAAGGCCAGCAAACCCAUCUCCUGCCUUGCGUAUCUCAGCACAGCAGUGGGCUGCCUGGCCUCCAAUAGCCCCAAUGCUGCCAAAUUGCUGGUGCAGCUCUGCACUCAGAAUCUCAUCUCUGCUGCAACCGGAAUGAAUCUGACAACCGUGGACGACCCCGUCCAGAGAAAAUUCCUACCCAGCUUCCUGCGGGGCAUGGCGGAAGAGAACAAGCUUAUUACUUCGCCCAACUUUGUAGUGACACAGGCCCUGGUGGCUCUGCUGGCAGAUAAGGGGGCCAAACUCAGACCUUCUUAUGAUAAGGCUGAUAUGGAGAAAAGAGCAGGUUUAAUUGCCCAUUUGUAUGCCCAUCCUUCCCAUAAUCCCUCCGCUGUAGGCCCCCUGGAGCUGGCCAAUGCUCUGGCCGCCUGCUGCCUGUCCUCCAGGCUUUCCUCUCAACAUCGGCAGUGGGCCGCACAGCAGCUCGUGCGCACGCUCGCCGCCCAUGACCGUGACAAUCAGAGCCGGCCGCAGACCUUUGCCGACAUGGCGGGGGACCUGCGGAAGUGCUCUUUGAUCAAGUUGGAGGCUCACCAGAGCAGGGUCCUCACGUGCGGCUGGUGCAAAAAGAAAGGUCUGUUGGCGACAAGUGGCAAUGAUGGCACAGUCAGGGUAUGGAAUGUAACCAAGAGCCAGUACACCCUCCAGCAGACCUGUAUCUUCAACAAGGAUGAUGGCUCUUUGGAGGAGGGGCGUUCAGGCUUUGGAUCUCCGAGUGAUUUUUGCCUAUCUCCUCUUGCUUGGAGUGUCACUGGAAAAUAUCUCGCGUCUGCCAUGGAGAAAAUGGUCAACAUCUGGCAAGUCAAUGGAGGUAAAGGCCUUUUGGAUGUGCAGCCUCACUGGGUUUCAGCCCUGGCUUGGCCGGAAGAGGAACCGCAAUCUUUGUGGUCUGGAGAACCCACGGAUAUGCUGCUGGUGGGUCGAAUGGAUGGAUCCCUGGGCCUCAUCGAGGUCCUGGAUUGCUCCAGUUUGCGCCGCACAGAGCUGGAGCACUGCUACAGAAAAGAUGUGGCAGUGAUGAACAUAGCCUGGUACAGUGAAGACAAACCUUUUGCCGUGGGCUACGCAGACGGCAAGCUGCUGAUUGGAUCCAAAGAGCCCUUAGAACAACGAGCCAUUGUGGUCAUUGAUGCUCACAAGGAGUCAGUUACCAAUAUGAAGUGGAGUCCUACUGGUCAAAUCUUGAUGACUUGCGCCAAAGAAGAAACGGUGAAGCUCUGGGCCAGUCCAGACACGAGCUCCGAUUUGGGGACAGACUGGCGGUGUUUAAUGAGUCUGAGACAACCCUCCCUGGUGAACGGCGUUGCCUGGUGUAGCUUACCCGGACGUGGCCCGAAGCCCCUCAGCAUGCUUGCCAUAUGCUGCCAAAAUGGUCUGGUGUCAGUCUGGACUGUCCCGCAGGCUAUCUCAGACUUCCCAGAAUCCUCUUCCUCCGACUCAGAAGGCUGGUGGGAGAAAGAAGCAAAUCCGAAACUUACGUCUUCGCAGUGGUCGCAAGACGGAGCGACGUGCGUUUUCCAGCUGAAGGGUCACAUCACGCCAGUUAAGAUGGUGGCCUUCAGUCCUGACGGUCUUUCCUUGGCCUCGGGAGGAGUUGGGGGCCUCAUGAACAUCUGGUCCCUGAGAGACGGGUCGGUAGUUCAAACGGUCGUUGCUGGUUCAGGUGCCAUCCAGAAUAUUGUGUGGAUUCCCGAUGUGGGUGUGGCUGUCUGCUCCAACAGGUCAAAGGACGUGUUGGUGGUGAACUGCUCCAAAGACUUCAUGUCAUCCAAUCAUGUGCUCGCCACUUGCCGCACGGCUCUCAAAAAACAGGGUGUGGUUGGCCUCAACAUGGCGCCUUGCAUGAGGGCCUUCCUGGAAAGACUCCCCGUUAUGCUGCAGGAGCAGUAUGCAUACGAGAAGCCUCACGUUGUGUGCGGGGAGCAGCUAAUCCACAGCCCCUACAUGCAAUGCCUGGCCUCUCUGGCAGUGGGACUCCAUCUGGACCAGCUCCUGUGCUGCCCACCGCUUCCGCCGUCACUGCGACACUGCCCGCCUGAGUCCGGCUCUGCCGUUUGGAGCGCCAGCGAAUGGGCGUGGCUGGACUGCUUCUCGACAACAGUGAAGGCAGCGGAGGCCCUGGCUCGGGGCGCUACCUUCCCUGACUCGUUCACCGUCCCGGACCUGGAGCCUGUUCCCAACGAUGAAAUGGCUUUGCUCAUGGACAACAGUAAAUGGAUCUCUGGCAUGGAUGAACAAAUCAUGUCCUGGGCCAUCUCUAGACCUGAGGACUGGCACCUCGGCGGGAAGUGUGACGUGUAUUUGUGGGGUGCGGGACGACACGGCCAGUUGGCGGAGGCGGGGCGAAACAUCUUGGUACCAACCGUCGCACCCUCCUUUUCACAGGCGCAGCAGGUGGUGUGUGGUCAGAACUGCACCUUCGUCAUUCAGCCCAACGGGACUGUGUUGGCAUGUGGCGAGGGCAGCUACGGUCGUCUGGGGCAGGGCAAUUCGGACGACCUGCAUGUCCUAACCGUCAUCUCGGCUCUUCAAGGUUUUGUCGUGACUCAGCUGGUGACGUCGUGUGGCAGUGAUGGCCACUCCAUGGCUCUGACGGAGAGCGGCGAGGUCUUUAGUUGGGGCGAUGGCGACUACGGCAAGCUGGGCCACGGGAACAGUGACCGUCAACGCCGACCCAGACAGAUUGAAGCUUUGCAAGGGGAAGAAGUAGUACAGAUGUCCUGCGGUUUCAAACACUCAGCUGCGGUAACAGCCGAUGGGAAGCUUUUCACUUUCGGCAAUGGUGAUUACGGCAGACUUGGUUUGGGGAACACGUCCAACAAAAAGCUGCCAGAGAAAGUCACCGCGCUGGAAGGAUACCAAGUCGGUCAGGUCGCAUGCGGUCUGAACCAUACCCUGGUCAUUUCCGCUGACGGAAUGAUGGUGUGGGCUUUUGGCGAUGGGGACUACGGCAAACUGGGACUUGGCAAUUCGACGGCAAAGUCUUCACCUCAGAAAGUGGAAAUGUUAUGUGGACUUGGCAUCAAAAAGGUGGCUUGCGGGACACAGUUCUCUGUGGCCUUAACCAAAGACGGCAAAGUGUUUACAUUUGGCAAAGACCGCCUCAUCGGUUUGCCAGAAGCUCGGGCAAGGAACCACAACCGUCCCCAGCAGGUGCCGGCUCUGUCGGGCGUCCACAUCCAGGAUGUCGCCGCAGGAGCUGAGCACACUUUGGUUCUGUCGUCCGCUGGUGACGUUUACACAUGGGGCAGCAAUUUGGAGGGCCAGCUGGGCCUGGGCCACACCAACCACGUGAGAGAACCUACCCUGGUGACAGCGCUGCAGGGCAAGAACAUUAACCAGAUAACGGCCGGGCGCUGCCACAGUGCGGCGUGGACAGCUCCAUCGGUGCCGCCCAGAGCACCAGGCUCUUCAGUCCCUCUCCAGCUGGGCCUCCCCGGGGCCGUGCCCCCGCAGUACGCCGUGCUCAGGGAGGUGAGCAUGGAGGCGGUGAGGGCUCGUCUGCGUCUCCUUUACCACUUCUCUGAUCUCAUGUACUCAUCUUGGAGGCUGCUCAACCUCAGUCCCAACAAUCAGAGCUGCACCUCCCACUACAAUGCGGGCACAUGGGGUAUUGUCCAGGGUCAGUUAAGACCCCUGCUCGCCCCGAGGGUCUACACUUUACCCAUGGUGCGCUCCAUCGGCAAAACCAUGGUGCAGGGCAAGAACUACGGCCCCCAGAUCACAGUCAAGCGGAUCUCCACGAGGGGAAGGAAGUGUAAACCCAUUUUCGUGCAGAUCGCUCGCCAGGUUGUGAAGCUGAACGCUUCAGACCUCCGGCUUCCCUCGAGAGCCUGGAAGGUCAAGCUGGUGGGCGAGGGAGCCGAUGACGCGGGGGGCGUCUUUGACGAUACCAUCACAGAGAUGUGUCAGGAGCUGGAGACCGGCGUGGUGGACCUGCUCAUCCCCUCCCCCAAUGCCACCGCAGAAGUCGGCUACAACCGAGACAGGUUCAUCCUCAACCCGUCCGCCUGCCUGGAUGAGCACAUGCUGCAGUUCAAGUUUCUGGGCAUCCUGAUGGGCGUGGCCAUCCGCACCAAGAAACCGCUGGACCUUCACCUGGCACCCUUGGUGUGGAAACAGCUGUGCUGCAUCCCCCUGCUCCGUGAAGACCUGGAGGAAGUGGACCUCCUCUACGUGCAGACGCUGAAAAGCAUUCUUCACAUUGAAGACAGCGGCAUCACCGAGGAGAAUUUCCACGAGAUGAUUCCUCUGGACUCUUUCGUCGGGCAGAGUGCAGAUGGAAAGAUGGUGCCCAUCAUCCCGGGAGGAAACAGCAUCCCUCUGACGUUCUCCAACAGGAAGGAGUAUGUGGAAAGAGCCAUCGAGUACCGGCUUCAUGAAAUCGAUCGACAGGUGGCGGCGGUGCGCGAGGGCAUGUCGUGGAUCGUGCCGGUGCCGCUGCUGUCCCUGCUGACGGCCAAGCAGCUGGAGCAGAUGGUGUGCGGAAUGCCGGAGAUCUGCUGCGACGUGCUGAAGAAGGUGGUGCGCUACCGCGAGGUGGACGAGCAGCACUCGCUGGUGCAGUGGUUCUGGCAGACUCUGGACGAGUUCUCCAACGAGGAGCGGGUCCUCUUCAUGCGCUUUGUGUCGGGGCGCUCCAGGCUGCCCGCCAACACGGCCGACAUCUCGCAGAGGUUUCAGAUCAUGAAAGUGGACAGGCCAUACGACAGCCUGCCCACUUCCCAGACGUGCUUCUUCCAGCUGCGUCUGCCGCCGUACUCCAGCCAGGCCGUCAUGGCGGAGCGGCUGCGCUACGCCAUCAACAACUGCCGCUCCAUCGACAUGGACAACUACAUGCUCUCUCGCAACGUGGACAACGCCGAGGGCUCUGAUACGGACUACUGAUGCACACCUGGGAGGAGCAGGCAUGCACAGAUUUCACCUGAACGCCUCACAGAACCCGGAAAAUGCACAUCAUCCCUUUGCGGGAGGAAACUCCGCACCAGGGUCACAUUUUAAUUUCAUUUUUUUUCGAUUUUCAAACAGCACAUUUUUCUCAUUGUGGCUUGGAAACUAUUUUUAAUGACACAAAAAUCUUCACAAGUGCAUUUAGCGUGUGUGGUUUUAGUUUGUCCCCCCCUCCCCACCCGUUACUCCACAACCCGCUUUGGGUGUUCUGCAUGGAGUUUAUUGUUUGGGAUUGUGUAUAGAAUGUUCAAGAAAGAGGUUUGGGGGGUAAAACAUGUAUUGUGUACAUUUUGUAAAAUGCUUCAUUAUUAGAAAAUGUGUUUCCAUUUGACAUCCAUAUUUAUUGUUUUAUUGCCGAUACCCGUUUUCCAAAACAACAAUAAAA